UCAAUCUGUGAGCUGCGCGCCUAAUUGGGCCGUUACGUUGUUAUGGCAACUGGACGCCGGCGCGGCCUUGUAGACUGGAGUAAGCUCUGAAGGCGGAUGCUCAUGGAGCCGGGGAUAGGAAGACGUUCUAGAGUAAAGCCACCCCCUCCAGUUGUAGGCCAUGUGAGCCAUCAUAAUAUUGAACUGAGUUGGGACUUGGAAGAACAGCGAAAAGGUCCUCAAGAGCAAUGGCUAAAAUUUUCAGUUGAAGGAGAAGAUCCUAAGCUGCAUAAAUAUGGUCUGAUUUACACGGGAUAUGCCCGACAGCAUGUUGUGGAAGGUCUUGAACCUAGAACAACGUACAGAUUUCGACUUAAAGUCACAGAUCCUGAAGGCGAAUCUGUUUAUAGUUCACCUAUUUGUGUAACUACAACAAGUGAGCCAAUGAGCGGGGAACAGCUCCACCGUGCUGUAAGCAGGAAUGAUUUAGAUGAUGUUAUUCUUAUUCUUCAAGAAAGGCAAGUUAUAGUAAAUACACUCAAUAAACUAGGACUUUCAGCAUUGAUGGUUGCUUCACAAAAAGGAUAUACAAGGCUUGUACAGGUUUUGGUAGAAAAUGGAGCAGAUGUGAACCUGAAAAAUGCCAGUGGAAAAGACAGUUUAAUGACAGCUUGUUUUGCUGGUCACUUGGAUAUUGUCCAAUAUCUCAGAUCCCAAGGGGCUUCCUGGCUAAGCAGGGAUUUGGGGGGAUGUACAGCUAUGCAUUGGGCUACGGAUGGAGGGCACUGUGAUGUUAUUGAAUGGAUGAUCCAGGAUGGCUGUAAGGUUGACCCUAGAGACUCUGGCUUGGAAUGGACUCCUCUAUUGAGAUUAUGUGCAUUAUCAGGAAAAACAGAUGUAGCCACAAUUUUAAUAAAUGCUGGAGCUAAUGUGAAUGUAAAAGAUAAGGAUGGCAAGACACCUUUGAUGGUGGCAGCUUUAAAUAAUCAUGAAGAUUUGGUUGCAUUAUUAUUAGAGAAUGGAGCAGAUCCUGAUAUUAAAAAUGAGUUUGGUAAGGGUGCUUUGGACAUGGCCAGAGGCUUGAACAGACAGAGUGUGGUUUCAAUAAUAGAAGAAAAGAAAAAGCAAUUAAGCAACAUAGCUGUUGAUCUUGCAUCUACCCCUUCACAGUUAUUUGAAGAAAGUGCAUCUUAAUCUUUUUUUCUGGGAAGCUGAGACUAUGAAGAUUGAUUUCUGCUUGUUUUCUUUUUUUCCUGUAAGUUUUUUUUAUCAUUCUUGGACACUUUGAUUAAAAUGUUUCCUUCUUGAGGAUUUUUUCUGACAUUUUACAUGUAUCUGAAUUUUAAAUCCGUCUGUCUUUAAUGAUGUUUUUAUAGUAAUAAUAUGUUCUUCUAUCCUUUGGAGAUUGAUUUUAAAUCCCAAAUGCUAGUUAUAAUUAGCACAACUCAAUAUGGAGUUUGUCACAUGAUAUGUCCUGUUGAAUUUUUCACUAGCUGGAUAGGAACUAUGGAAUCUGGGCACUUUAACUCUUCUCUCAACCAUGAUCCUGAUUAAUGUCAAUGAGAAUAUUUACUGCUUGGAAAUAAUAGAUGCCAUUAAAGGAAUAUGUCUAGAACACAACAAAAACUUUUUUUUUAAAAUCACCCUGCUCCUGCUCCUCUCAUAUGCUUAUUCCCCCCUGCCCCUCCUCUGUUUUUUCAAUAAUCAGGCAGCAAACUGUAACAACCAGUUUAUUGAAGCAACCAAUGCCAGGGAGUUGCAGUGCAGGGUUUUAGUGUAACAGAUUUUCUGCAAUGGAACACACUGAGAAUAACAAUUGACAAAGUAGGAAAUAGCUCAUGGUCAGGAUCUUGAAUAUAAUCCUACAGACUGCUCAUAUCAUUCUGAGUACUUAAGGACAGUGCAGCUUUACAUCAGCCAGGAGUUUUGUAGUUGAACUUAUAUAGAGAGGCAAUUGAAGCAGAAAUCACAGUCCCCAUAAUAAGCAUGCCAUCCUAACAGACACUUAAGACUGAGAGAAUACUACUGACUAUAGUGGGAUUUAUUUCUAAGUAAACAUUCAUUGGAGUGCUCUGUUAGGGCAUUAGACUGUUUAGAACUAUACAUGAAUUUAUUCCAUUGAACUUAAAUGAAAUUCUGGUUAGAUGUUUGGAAUUGUAUUGUAAAAUACUAUUUGCAAUUGUAUUGUAAAUCGUUAAUGAAAUCAAUGUUUUUAAUUGAAAAAAUGAAUUUGUUCUUACAUGGCCAAAUGGAAUUUGUAUCUAUAAUGUAGAGUGUUCUCCAAAGACUAUGUUCCUGUUUAAAGGUGAGAAUGAAUGUGACCAGCUACAUUUAUAUUAUUUCUGUUAAAGACUGACAUCCACAAGCCAUCUGAAAUCUAUUCAGAGUUCCAUUUGGAUUCAAUAAUUAUUUUGAUCUAAUGAACUAGGAAUGGAUUCAUAACCAUUUUUCUUCCUGUAUUCUAAAGUCACUGGAAGAAAUGCUACCAUUAUUUUCACAGACUUUUGAGUCUAAAACCUAUUCAUAAAAUUUGUUUGGGCAUGUUUUCUACCUAUAUUUUGUUUUACAUUGUGCAACGCACAAUGCAAUUUAAUGUAUAGUCUUAUGGGCUUAGAGAGAUUCCUCUAUGACAGACAUGUCAAACUCGCGACAUCAUGUGAUGUCGCACAAUGUAUUGGGACAGUUUUGCAAUUGUCGGCAAUGGGAUGGGCACGGCUUCUGCGUGAUGCAUCCGGCCUGCAGGCCAGCAAUUUGACACCCCCACUCUAUGACUAUAGAAUAGGAUAAAUUCUCUGGGGCAGGGAGAGGAGGACCAACCCUGAAGGAGAUUUAACCUUGAAACUGCCACAUCCAGUUUAUAAGAAUUUAUUCAAAACCCCAGUUUUGGAUCUCUGAUGUCAGAGAAAGAAAAUAGAGAUAGAUAAGUGGACCAACCAUCAGUAUACUAGGAGACAGGGGAAAGGGGAAUUUUAUAACCCCUAGAGCUAGAAAAAAAACCUAUUGAGGGAAAGAAAAAAAAUAUUGCUGUUCCCUCAUUUCUUUUCUGCUGACAGGCUCCAGAAAAGAAUUUGGAUCUCCUGGAGAUGUAGAACUCUUUAUACCAAUCUUCAGGAUUGCUCUUUCUAAUCAGAAGAAUAAAAUAGCAUAAGAGGAUGUCUAAGUUUUUCAUAAUAUUUUUGCAGUAAAGCAUCCUCCCCUUAUUCUUUGUGCCUCUGCGAAGGGAUAGAGAUAAAUACCGGACGAUAUAAAAUGGAAAUGAAAGAGUUGGAAAAAUAAUUGGCCCAUUCUCAUUUAUCUCCCAAUUCAAUAUAUUGCUUCAAGCUGCAUUUGCUAAAACAAAUUAACAUUACCACUACAGCCAAGCUGCAUUCAACUGAACAUCUCUUGUACUUUAGCAUGCAGUAUUUAUUCUUAAAAGAUAACCCACUUUUGGAAACAGUUUGAAAGCUCUUCCUUUUUUAUGCCAGAAUUUCCAUGUUACAUCAUAAGCGCACAAAUCAUUAAAUUCAGAUUCUGCCAUAGUAAUUGGACAUGAAUUUAUCUCACUUGUUCUUUAACAUAAGCAACAUGAAAGAAUCCUUCAAACUGUCUUGUUAUGGAAGGAUCAGUGAUGCAGGAUAGAUCAGAACACCAAGCACAUAAAUAGGAAAUAAAGUCUAAAAGUCAAACUUUUUCUAAUCUUGUAAAGAUCUAGUUUUUCUGGGCAGGUCAAGGUUCUCAAUUACAAUUUAAAACGAGUGAUAUAAUAGAACUAGUGUGGUUGUUUUUAGAAAUAUUGUUAUGAUUUUGACUUUCUUAUACUACUCGAAUAAGUAAAACAUUUUAUCACUUUGGCAGAGACUUUUGUAGUCACAAAUGUGUAGUGCUGAUUAGUGAGUAACAUAAAGCAAACACUGGACUCUCCAAAGGUAUAGAAAACCUGGUGAGAUUUAUUCUUCUAGAGAAAUAUUUAGUAAUUAUAUACCUAGGAUCAUCCACAGUAUUAGGCAAAGUAGCUCUAUCAAAUGACAAAUACAGAGUGUUGGUGGUAAGAUGUAUAGUGCUGCCUGACAUGAUGGAUUCUGUAGGAGUAAAUUCUGUAGUAUUUAACUAGAUUAAUUGGCUUUAAAUGUAGAGUAGGAUCAAGGUCACUUUGUCCUUUAUCUCAGGAUUCAGAAUGUCUUGGUCCAGCUUUGUGUUACAAAUGUUAAGGCCUAACUUUUUCCACAUACAGGAAAAAAACCCCCAACUUCUGCAUAGUUGCCACAAAUAAUUUUAUUUGAGACUUUAUCAUAAUAAGAAUAUGAGCACAGUCUACUGAAUAUAAAUUGGAAAUCUUACCAAGAGAAUUUGCUCAACAAAUACUAAUUUAUGAAAGCCAGUUUUGUACAGCAGUUAAAAGCACUGAGCUAAAACAUAUUGCAGUUAAAAGCACCCAAACUAGCUGGGUGACUUUGACUCAAUUACUUUCUCUCAGCCCUACACCCAAACCACUUUAAAAAAAAAAAUGUAAAAAAACACAAAACAACCUACAGUGUCUUCCCAAGCAGAAACGAGUGAUUCAAAGGUACAAAGAACUCUUAUUAUCCAAAUACUGUAUUUAUAUUUGAUUUGUGUGUGUGUGUGUUUGUGUGUGUGUCUUCAAGUCAGUUUUUGACACCUGGUGACUGCCUAGACUAGCCCUUGGUUUUUCUUGCCAAGGUUUUUCAGAAAUGGUUUGCCAUUGUCUCCUUUCUAUGGCUGAGAAUGAGUGACCAACCCAAAGUCACCCAACUGACCCUGUGCCUAAAGGAGGCCUAGAACUCACAGUCUGCUGGUUUCUAGUUCGGUGUUUUUCACCAUCACACAAAACUGGCUCAUUUGUUUUUAUUCUAGUUGGGGUUAAAAUUAUUAUUAUUAUUGUUGUUGUUGUUGUAGAAGUUUUAUUGGUUUUUUACAAUAACAAUCUUAAUGACUGGUGUACCGCGCAUUGUCUGGGUUCAUAAUUUUUUUAGAAAAGAAUAUACAAUUAAUAAUAGUUAAUAAACAAUCAAUAAUAAUUAAUUUUUAUAUUUCCAUAAUUAGUAUAUCAAUUGAUAAUAUAUUUCCUUGAUCUUCUCUUCACCCAAUAGUAUUCUCCUUCUACAAUAUUAAACAAAUAUAAUUUCUAAUAUUUGAUAUUUUCCAUAUUUAAAUGAUUAAAUGACUCUUACAAAAAUAAAAUGCUAUAUAUAGAUGCUAAUAUUGUUGAUAUAAAUAUAGGGGUUAAAAUUAAUUGAUCAGAUUCACAGUAUUUGGUUCUAAGCUUUCUAGGUUUAUGUUCACAAAAUUACAAAUUCAGUUGGUUAAUGAAUUGUGCGUCCAAAUCAUAUUCAAAAUGUGCCUAUCAUUUUAGAAACUGCAUAAAAGUUCAGAUCCAGAACACUAAACACACACACACACACACACACACACACAUAGAGAGAGAGAGAGAGAGAGAGGGAGGGAGAGAGAGAGAGAGAGAGAGAGAGAGAGAGAGAGAGAGAGAGAGAGAGAGAGAGAGAGAGAGAGAGCUUGAUAGUAUAUAUCUAGGGUUGUGUAAAGCAUUUGAUAGAAUGCUUCAUAAAGUAUAUUGACAUGAAAGUGUUUCUCUUCAAAACUCGGAAACAGCAAUGUCUUCUGGUAGGCUCAGUAAGGCUGCUUGAAGGCUUUUUGUGGUAAUCUCUACAUGAAUUUCACUUUGGGGCGGUCUCAGCCAAAUUGUUUUCUGUGAAUUGUGCAAUAUUGUCUGAAUAAGUCUCCAACAGCUGGGUCCAGGGACAUUACUACUUCUAUCCUCCAAAGAAGGGUGUUUUCACACUAUCAAUGCACUUUGAAUAAUAUUCUUUUGAAUACUCUGCAGCAUUAUAAAUGACAUCUGCCAUAUAGAGAUUUUUAGAAACAGCAGCCCCAUAUGAUAGUGGUAUAUAAAACAAGUUCACAACAACUCUGUGCAGCAGGGAUAGGAAGCCUGAGGCUUCUUUGUUGAUGUUGGAUUUCAGUUAGAUUGCAAAGCAAUAAGAGAAAAUAAAUUUAGAGUGGCUAUCUAGCUUGUCUAAAUUAUUUUCAUGUACAGAGGUGAGAGAGAGCCUGAGAUCUUUCUCAGGCUUUCUGAGGUCAAAGCAUUUCUGUAGAAGUAGAUAGCUACAAGAUAUAGCCAAUAAGCAGCAAAGGAUUUUCUCCUUCUGCUUUUUAAUCCUGUUUUCUAGUUCAGAAAAAUAAAUAUGUCCGAUAAAUCCAUUUGUCCUGAUGACUUUAAUCAUUAUUUCAAUCACAGUAGCAAAGAUUUGCUAUCAUUGAGAAAUUUAUUGUUCUCUCAGUCAAGCUCUUAACAGCAGCAACAAAUUUAUACACAAUAUAAAUUAUAAUAUAUGAAUAGCAUAAACAAUAUUAGUAGCUUAAUAAACACUUCUCUUCCUUCAGGCUGAUAAUGCUGUAAUUACAUUUUAAUUUUCUUCCAACUCUGUCAAUUAACACCUUCACAUUGAAUAAAAGUUAACUUAGUAUCUUAUCUGUUAGCAGAAAGCUAUUGUUUAUCUUUCUACAAUUGAAAUAAUGUGAUUAUUUUCAUAUAUUUUUUGAGAAUGAUAAAAGGCUAGUAGUUGAUUUCUAAGCUUCUUUUCAAUAUUUGUUGUGAACACAGUACUCAGCACUGAGAAAUUCUUUAGUAUAUAAAACAAAUGUAUCUUUAGCUUCUAAUGAAAUAGUUAUUUAGACUUUUUCCCCAACUUAUUUCUGUAGCUCUAUACUGUAUAUGGCAUAUUUUUCAAGAAGACAUAAUGUUUUAUUCUGAAGACAUACUGUGAUCUUAGAACCUCUGUGCACUCUGAGUUGCAUAGAAUUUUGACCCAACAAAUAUUGUCUUAUUAGGUGAACAAUAUAAGAAAUGCUUAGUGUGAUGUCUUCUCUGCCAAAGAAGAAAUUGAUAAAUUUAGCUGCCAAACUACUUUUUUCCUAACAUUCUGAGGCCAUACUUAUUAAAUAACUUCAAUAUGCAUUAAAAAUCACAGACUUUAAAGAAAUUUUAUUCCUCAAUAGGUCUAUAUAUGACUGAAUUCUUAAAUGUACUUGAUUUAUAAAGUAUGCCCUAUUUGAACUGCAGAGUAAAUAAACAUUUAUUUCCUCAAUAAAUCUCAAUUUGCAAAAUCAUUUAAUAAAAUAAAAAAUAACAGAUAACUAAAUAUGUAUUUACAAUUUAUUUGAUAUAAAAUACUUAAAAGAAAAUAUCCUAAUAUUGAAAUAUAUUGACAUACUGUAGUAAUUUUUAUAAAGUCUGGACAGAAGGAAGACAAACUGUAAUAUAAUGCUGUAUAUCAAAUAAAGCAAGUAUAAUUGUAACCACUAUAGAGAUCUAUUUCAUAAAAAUGAAUGCACUGGAUUCUAAUAUACAUUUAUAGUAUAUAGAAUUAUUUUGUUAAAAUAACCCUAUACACAUUAAUUAGAACAACUGAUUUCAUUUAAUGUAAAAAUGUUUCAAGGAUCACAAUAUCAACAGUUCAAAUUAUACAUCAGUUGCUAUUCCUCUAGUAAAGAACAAAUGGCGUUAGGAUUUUUUUUGUUCCAUAGGAUGAGUCCUAAAGGCAGCUCACAUUGCAUCUCAUGCAUCCUAUUACUUGCUGUAAAACAUAUCUGAAUAAUAAAUAUUCCGCAUAAUUUUUUUUAUUUUGGGAUAGGUGUAAUUCUAAAAUUGCUGCAUCUGCUUUCAAAUCUCCUGUCUUUUCUUGUUGCAUUACCAUUAAUUUCAAAAAUAUUUUUUUAUUUACUUAUAGUUCAUUUGCUGGAAAGUCAGCAUAUUAUAUGCAGUUAAUAUA